AUUCGUGUUUGAAUAGUUGUGCAGCAUUUUACCUGUAGUAUCAUUUAACAGUACUAUUGUGGUUAUAGUCCUUGAUCAUCAAACUAUAAACUAAGAAUGCUCUCCUCACCGACUUCAAACGUUUUAGAUUUACCAGAAAUAGAUACACUAUAUACAGGGCGUCCAGUAGUAAUUGAUUUCAUGACAGAACAAGAGCUAACUGAAACAUACAACAUGAUUCAAGAAGCAGCAAAACAUGGUGAGGGAUAUGGUAUUGACGAAUUCAAUUCGGAAAAGGAGUUCCGAGAAGAAAUAAGAGGAAGUGAUUGCUUCGUAAUAAAAUGCGCAGAAUCAGGCACUAUUUUAGCGGGAGUAAUAGUUGCUGUCAGCAAAUUUUACCGCGGCCAUGGUUCAAUAGCGGAUCCUUUCGUAAUUGUGAAGAGUACCGAAAGGAAGCAGGGGUUGGGAGAAUUUGCUAUGAGGACAUCAAUAGACUUUGCAAAGCGAUUAGGAUACAUGGGGAUGUAUGUCGACACGUUUUCGAAUAACAUUGCAAUAAUCAAGAUAAUAGAGAAGAUAGGUGGUUUUGUUCAAGUCGGCUGUCUUCCAGUCGGGGGCAAAUUACAGAAUGGAAACACGGUUGGUUCUGUUAUCUUUUAUACCAAUUUGUCUGACGUAAAUAACAAUGUUGUCAACGAGACGUGAAGACUUUGUUGUGAAUCUUUUAAAAAAUGCCUCUUACGGUAUUUAGCAAUAGCGAAUAACACAUUGCCUAUUGGUUGGGAUUAACCAAGUCAGACGCUGUGAUAAAAACUGUUAUCAAAAAGAUAUCAAGGACAAGAAUGCAAUAGUUGGACAAACUGGUCUUGGCGUAAAAAUAGUAUUCUUUGUUUUACAUAAUUGAUGAGAUAGUCACGGACAUAAAAUAGGACAUUAUUCAAACAAAUUAUUGACAUUCUAUCACAAUGGAAUAACGUCCAUUGAGUGUUACUAAAUGAUUAAAUGAAAUGUAGAAAUUACAUUGAAUGAUGAAAAAGUA